GCGGAUGAACAUGAGACACCUGUUCGGAAAACGUUUCGCCAUCACGAGCGCGCCACUAAACUGUCACAUUUGUCUUGAAAGUCGGCAGGAGAAGUUGUGUCUGGUAGCGCAGCAAGAUGUCAGAUCAGCCGGAAACUCAAGUAUCUGACGAGAAGGCGAAGGAAAAGCCGGAAGAAGCCACACCUGCUGCAGAAGAUGCAGAAGUGGCCGAUAAAACUCCAGAGCAGCCCCCGAAAGAAAUGCGCGCGGUUGUUUUAACUGGUUUUGGAGGCUUGAAGUCUGUUAAAAUUCUUAAAAAGCCGGAACCUACUCUUUCAGAGGGUGAAGUUUUGAUUCGCGUGAAAGCUUGUGGCCUCAACUUCCAGGAUCUUAUGGUACGCCAGGGUGCAAUUGACUCUCCUCCAAAAACACCUUUCAUUCUGGGAUUUGAAUGUGCGGGUGAGAUCGAAGAAGUUGGUGAGGGUGUGGAAGACUUCAAGGUUGGCGACCACGUGGUUGCAUUGCCGGAAUAUCGAGCCUGGUCAGAGCUGGUGGUCGUCCCAGCGCGAUACGUGUACCGCCUGCCAGCGGGCAUGUCGUUCCUAGAUGCUGCUGCGCUCACCAUGAACUACCUUGUUGCAUACAUACUCCUGUUUGAACUGGGAGGUCUGUCAUCUGGCAAGAAUGUACUGGUGCAUUCUGCUGGAGGUGGUGUGGGCCAAGCAGUUGCGCAGCUGUGUCGCACGGUGAGCGAUGUCGUGGUGUUCGGAGUUGCCUCAAAGAGCAAGCACGAGGCACUGCAGAGCACCAUCGACCAUCUCCUGGAGCGAGGCUCUGAUUACGGCAGCGAAGUGCGCAAGUUGUCUCCUGAAGGGUUGGACAUUGUGUUGGACUGCCUGUGUGGAGAGGAAUGCAACCGUGGGUACUCGCUCUUGAAGCCCAUGGGGAAAUACAUCCUCUAUGGCUCUUCUAAUGUGGUGACUGGUGAAACUAAGAGCUUCUUCAGUGUUGCCAAAUCGUGGUGGCAAGUGGAUAAGGUGUCUCCCAUCAAACUGUUUGACGAGAACAAAACUCUGUCCGGCUUCAACUUGCGGCAUCUGUUGUACCAGCAGAAUGGGGCUCCGUACGUCAAGGGAAUAAUGGAAUCUGUGUUUGCCCUGUGGAAGGAGGGGAAGAUAAAGCCCGUUGUGGACUCCACGUGGGCACUGGAAGAUGUUCCCGAAGCGAUGCAAAAGAUGCACGAUCGCAAGAACAUUGGCAAGAUCGUGCUGGACCCCAGCCUGGAACCAAAACCCAAACCUGCCACGCCAGCUAAAGGGAAAGCUAAGGGUGGUGAUAAGGAUGAGAAGAAAAAGGAAGACGAGAAGAAAGAUGAUGAAAAAAAAGAGGAUGAUGCCUCGGGAAAUGAUACUGCUACAGCUGAGCAGGCUGCAGAGACUAAAGAUAAAGAAGCCACAAGUUGAAUUGCUAAAGGGAAAAUAUCAAACUUUGUUCAAAGAAUCGACCACAUAUUGAAAUUGUGCUGUGUUAUAUUUUUGUGUAAGAUAUUAGCAUUAUUUUGUCAACAUACUUUAUAAAUGAAAUAUAAUUUUGUAUAUAUGUGUGUAUGUGGAACCAAAGAAUGAGUUGCUGCAAAUGUCUGAAUGUGCACAAAUCUUGCUGCUGCCAGGCUCACGGGUUUCCUCUGAUACUCAUGUGAUCAACUGUUCACACAAUCACCAUGUCAAAUUAUCAAAUUAUUUUUUCAGAUCUUGUUUAGGUACAAAUUAGCAUUUCUAAGAUUACUCUUCGAACUUUUUACUGUUAAAGAUAGAUGUUUUACUGUAGUUUAAAAAGAUUUUUUGUAUAAAUAUAAAAAACUGAAAUUGAAGCCUUGUAAUUUAUCAUAAUGUGGUGUGAAAAAAAGUAUUAUGUUGCUGUUAGAGCUUAAUGCCUUGCUAAUCCACCAGCCAGUGCGAAUAAGUGGAAGGUUUUUAUUGAAUUGUUCCAAAUGUCAUUUCAAAUAUUACUCUUGCUUCAUUAUUAAUAUUGUUUGUGACAUAUGGAACAGGGUAAUGAUCACUUGGUGUUAAAAGUAGCUUUCAGGUUUUCUGAUUUAACCACAAUGUUUAAAUAAUCAAAUGGGAUCGAGAAUUUUCGUAAUGGCAGCAACUCUCUGCAUAUCACAUAAAACACAGUGCUUUGAAGUGAUUUGUCAUAAAAUACUGCCAGCAUUGUGCUGCAUAUGGUCUUGUUGCAAAUUUAUGGAAUUAAGAAUAUGUGCUUUCAGUGUGAUAAAAUGUGUAUAAAUCUUUUCAGAUCAAUUUUGAGAACUUUUAUCUGCUACUGCCAUGAUUAUAACAGUUAUAUGUGCUUUUCAAUUACAAGAAAUGGGUUAAACUAAUAGUGAUAACUGAAGAAAACAUUAUAAAUUGCUAUGUUUAUAAAGCUUGUAUUUUCACAGUAUGUAUUAACUGUAAGCUAAAUAUUUAUUUAACUAAAAUAUUACAAAAUCAAUGGAUUAACAUAUAUUGUGCAGCUGAAAAAAAGAAAUUAUGUUCCUACAUACUAGCCUAAUUAGAUUUGCUAGUUAUUUUUUCACCGGUUGUCUACAAAGCAAGUUACACUAUAAGUAAUCCUUUCUUGAUAUAACUGUGCUUAUUGAUGUAAGACUGAUGUUGCUUAGUCAAGAGUUUAGUUUUCCUUGAUUUGUGUUUUGUGACCGCGCCUAUUAAGUGUUACUGGUUCCACAGUUUUAUCAAACUGCAGUCCAGUUUGAGAUGGACAGCAAACAUUGUGUGCUUACAGUGUGUUUGAGAAAAGAGGCUCAAUAAAGUCAGUUGAAAGAA